AUGAUGUCCUACAUAAAGCAACCCCAUUACACCAUGAACGGGUUAAAUUUGCCUGGACCCGGAAUGGAUGUGCUACACACAACCUAUAAUAAUCCCCUCACUGUGUCUGUGUGGUUUGCAGCCACUCCCCGGAAGCAGCGUAGAGAGCGCACCACCUUCACCCGGACACAGCUGGACAUCCUGGAGGCGCUGUUCUCCAAGACCCGCUACCCAGACAUCUUCAUGAGGGAGGAGGUGGCCCUCAAGAUCAACCUGCCUGAGUCACGUGUGCAGGUUUGGUUUAAAAACCGCCGUGCCAAGUGCCGUCAGCAGCAGCAGCAGAGCAGUGGCCAGUCCAAGCCCCGCCCUCCCAAGAAGAAGGCCUCUCCAGCACAGGAACCCAGCGCUCCUGAUCCUAUUCCAAACCAAUCUGGCUCUUACAGCCCCUCCUCUGCCCAGUCAGGUCCCAGUCUGGCCCCGAGCUCCAGCACUGGAAACAGUGCCGUGUCCAUCUGGAGCCCGGCCAUCUCACCUCUUCCAGACCCUCUGGCCUCCUCGGCCCCCUGCAUGCAGCGGCCGUCACCUUACCCCAUGAGCUACGGCCAGCCGUCGGCCUACACCCAGGGCUACGCCAGCACCACCUCCUACUUCACCGGCCUGGACUGCAGCGCCUACCUGUCCCCCAUGCACUCGCAGCUGUCGGGCACCGGGGGCGCUCUCAGCCCCAUCACCGUACCCUCAAUGGGGGGUUCCCUAAGCCAGUCCCCAGCUUCGCUGUCUUCACAGGGCUACAGCACUGCCUCCUCCCUGGGCUUCACCUCGGUUGACUGCCUGGACUACAAGGACCAGCAGGCCUGGAAACUGGGCUUCACCACAAUGGACUGCCUCGACCACAAGGACCAAAACUCCUGGAAGUUCCAGGUCCUCUAA